UUAACGAAAAGUUUCAUCGGUCUAUUGAGAAGGAGACAUCGCAACUCGUUGAAAACCCAUUCCGUUCGCCAGCCCUCGCAGGGCCAGUUGAGGCGGUGGUGAAGGAGGGCGAGGUUGAGAUCCCGAUCUAUGACUCCCUCUUCGGCAUCGGCGGCAUCAUCGUCCUCUUCUUGGUUCUCCGGCAUCGUUCGCGGCCGCUCAGUGAAGACACCGGCCGGCUCUGGCUCCGGCUCCAUCUCUAACCCUUCUGCUGCCAGUGAGGGUUUCCCCGGUAGCCGGAAAAACCAGAUGCGUGGUGUUCUAUUUAAGUAUGGUCCUAAGUCCGUUCAGGUUGCAUUUAAAACAGGUGAUUUCAACCAACAAGUCAUUUUUAUUGGUGGAUUAACAGAUGGACUUUUGGCUACUGAGUAUUUGGAACCUCUAUCAAUUUCUUUGGAGAAGGAGAGGUGGUCCCUGGUGCAGCCAUUGUUAUCUUCAUCUUAUAUAGGAUAUGGCACUUCUAGUCUACAGCAAGACUCCUUUGAGCUUGAUCAGCUUAUUGGUUAUCUCAUAAAUAAGGAGAACUCAGAAGGUGUUGUGCUGCUUGGGCAUAGUACUGGUUGCCAGGAUAUUGUGCACUACAUGCGGACAAGUUUUGCGUGUUCACGAGCAGUUCGUGGAGUUAUUUUGCAGUCUCCAGUUAGCGAUAGAGAAUACAGAGCAACCCUCCCUGAAACUGCAUCAAUGAUAGACUUAGCAGCCACCAUGAUAAAAGAAGGGAAGGAGUUGGAGUUAAUGCCCAAGGAGGCAAAUCCUGAUGCACCUAUUACUGCCUACAGGUAUCACUCACUUUGUGCAUACAUGGGGGAUGAUGACAUGUUCAGUUCAGAUCUCAGUGAGGACCAGUUGAGGUUGAGACUUGGUCAUCUGUCAAAUACACCCUGCCAGAUAAUUUUCUCCAUGGCCGAUGAGUAUGUGCCUGAGUAUGUGGACAAAAAGGCAUUGGUUGAUCGACUGUGCAGGGCUAUGGGGGGUGCCGAGAAAGUUGAAAUAGAGUACGGAAACCAUGCUCUUUCCAACAGGGUUGGAGAAGCAGUCCAGGCUAUUGUGGAUUUUGUUAAAAGAGAAGGUCCUAAAGGUUGGGAUGACCCAUGGCACUAAACCCAUUUAGUAAGUUUUCAUUUACCAUCCCUGUUAAACCAACCUUGUGUUCUUUUUUUCUUUUUUUUUUUUGGGUGCCCCUCGCUCUGUUUCUUUUAUCCCAUGUUCAUUUCCCUUAAUAUCAUUUGUUUGCAUGC